AUGAACACAGCGGCGCAACUUUCCUACAUAGUGAUUGGGUGCCCUACUUUCCAUACCAACAACCACUUGGGAUUUUCCUUUUCCCGCCAUAUCAACGGUCACAGAUUGAGCUCUGUGUUCACAUCUGUUAUUCUCGAUGCAACACUUCGCAUACGACGCCGCAGAAGUCAAUCUCACUCUGCAAUCACCUGCUCUGCCUCCGAUAAGCGCUCUCCGUCUUCCGAAAUCAGUUCUGCAGCCAAGAUACGGAGUGAAGUUCUUUCUCCCUUUCGGUCCGUUCGGAUGUUCUUUUAUCUUUCUUUCAUGGCAAGUGCUGCACUUGGAGGACUAAUAGCCUCUACACAACUGGUUGCUGCAGUGGCCAAUUCAACUAAAGCAGCUGUAGUCCCUGACAUUCUUAAGGGUCUAGGCAUCGACAUUGCAGCUGUCUUAAUCUUUGCAUUUCUUUAUUCUAGGGAGAAUAAUGCUAAGAAUGCCCAGUUGGCUAGACUCUCAAGAGAGGAAAGCCUCUCAAAUCUUAAGCUUCGUGUGGAUGAAAAGAAGGUUAUCCCUGUUACCACUUUUAGGGGAAUUGCUCGUCUUGUCAUCCUUGCUGGCCCUGCAUCUUUCAUUGAGGAGUCUUUCAAACUUAGUGAGCCUUUCACUGAGGCCCUUCUGGAAAGAGGGGUGCUUGUGGUGCCCUUUGCUACAGAUGGAGGUUCGCCUAGUUUUGAGUUUGAAGAGAGUGAAGAGAUGAAGGAGAUAACUAGCAAAAGGAAAAGGCUCUGGCAGCUGGUUCCUGUUUAUAUCACUGAGUGGGCCAAGUGGUUAGAUGAACAAAAGAAACUGGCCAAUGUCGCACCUGGAUCUCCUGUGUAUUUAUCUCUCCGCCUGGAUGGUCGGGUUCGUGGCAGUGGUGUUGGUUAUCCUCCUUGGAAUGCUUUUGUUGCACAAUUGCCACCAGUAAAGGGAAUCUGGUCAGGUCUCCUUGAUGGCAUGGACGGAAGAGUUCUUUAAACAAUAUUUCGUUUUACCUGAUUUAUGAAGGUUAGAUUCUUCUUCAACUUCAAUUAGUUGUAAUAGCUCUCUUUAGUUCUCUAUUGCAAUAGAGUAGCUUUGCCUGAGCAUUUGAAAUCUUCAUAGGUUUGUAUGUGCAUGUCAUAUGAGGAGAUGUAUAUUUCCUGUACUUAUUUGUUUCUGCUACUGUUCCACACCAAAAGCAACUUUUUUCUGUUGCUCAGAUGUAGUUUGUUGGUGAGGAUAGUGGAAGUGUAACUGGACUAAUAAAAGAC